AUGGAAGUAUCCAACUCCCGUAUUCAAAGCUCCAAACGUAAGUUUGACGACACCGUUUCAUCAUCAUCCAACGGCGUCGAUCUAUCCCUUCUUGAAGCAAUUAAGAAAUCACAAACCACCAUAGAAGCAGUAGACAGCCGAACCCUAAAGAAGCUCGUUCUCUCCUUCGAACGCCGGUUGAAGGAAAACAUUGAAGCACGACUCAAGUACCCUAACCAACCCGAUCGAUUCGCGGAUUCGGAACUGGAGCUCCACGAAGAGCUUCACAAGCUCAAAGUCCUCGCCGGAGCACCGGAGCUUUACCCUGACCUAGUUAGUCUCAAUGUUGUUCCGUCAAUUGUUGAUUUGCUUAACCACGAUAACACCGAUAUUGCUAUUGAUGUUGUUCAGCUUCUUCAAGACCUAACGGAUGAGGAUGCCCUUGACGAAAACGAUGAGUCUGCUAGGGUUCUUGUUGAUGCUAUUAUUGAUAAUAGUGCGUUGGAGCUUUUGGUGCAGAAUCUUCACUGUUUGUCUGAGUCUGAUCCUGAUGAGAAUGCGGCUAUUUAUAAUACGCUUGCUACGAUUGAGAAUUUGAUUGAGGGGAAACCUACUGUGGCGGAGUUGGUAUGCGAGAAGACGAAGUUGUUGAAGUGGUUGUCGGGGAAGAUUAAGGUGAGGGAGUUUGAUGGGAAUAAACAGUAUGCGUCAGAGAUUUUGGCGAUUUUACUACAGAGUAGUUAUGUGAAUCAGAAGAAAUUGGGGAAGAUGAAUGGUGUGGAUGUGGUGCUUCAGGCUGUGGCGAUGUAUAAGUCGAAGGAUCCUAAGAGUUUUGAUGAGGAGGAAAUGGUGGAGAAUUUGUUUGAUUGUUUGUGUUGUUUGUUGAUGCCUUUGGGAGAAUAA